GCAGUCCUGCACUUGGAGUUGUGAAAAAAGAGCCAAGUGUGGGAGCUCACCAUGGUGGGAGCUACCUCCCUACAAAGCAGGCAGUGCUUCACUAGAGGGAAGUAUCAGAUUCCUCCACUUCGGCUGUGGGUUGUCACUGUCUAAUAAUAUGACCGUUUUGCCAUCUCUCUGCAAAUAAGGCAGAAGCUGCUACCUGAUUGGUAUAACAUCUCACUUUCCCUCCGCAUUGAUUUUCUUGUUCUCCUCCUUUGCUUCAUAAAAAGAGGGACAAGUGGCUGGUGCUGUGGACAGAGAAGCUGUAUUUUUAGUAUGAGACAACCUGUAUUUUCUUUCAGGAGAGGGAAGUUGGAUUAUCAAUUCUUUUGUAAAUGUGUAUGGUGAUAUUUGCUCCGCUUUUUGCCAUCUUUGCAUUUGCAACAUGCGGUGGCUAUACUGGAGGCCUGCGGCUGAGUGUGGACUGCGUCAACAAGACAGAAAGUAACCUCAGCAUUGACGUAGCAUUUGCCUACCCAUUCAGGUUGCACCAGGUGACUUUUGAAGUGCCUACCUGCGAGGGAAAGGAACGGCAGAAGCUGGCCUUGAUUGGUGACUUCUCAUCUUCAGCAGAAUUCUUCGUCACUGUUGCCGUCUUCGCCUUCCUCUACUCCUUGGCCGCCACUGUCGUUUACAUUUUCUUCCAGAACAAGUACCGGGAGAACAACCGGGGCCCACUCAUCGACUUCAUUGUCACUGUAGUCUUUUCAUUCUUGUGGUUAGUGGGCUCAUCAGCUUGGGCAAAAGGACUGUCUGAUGUCAAAGUUGCAACGGAUCCCAAAGAAGUGUUGUUACUGAUGUCAGCUUGCAAACAGCCAUCCAACAAAUGCAUGGCUGUCCACAGCCCUGUUAUGUCCAGCUUAAACACAUCUGUGGUCUUUGGAUUCUUGAACUUUAUUCUCUGGGCUGGAAACAUAUGGUUUGUGUUCAAGGAGACUGGCUGGCAUUCCUCGGGGCAAAGAUACCUUUCUGACCCAAUGGAGAAGCACUCAAGCAGCUAUAACCAAGGCGGGUACAACCAAGACAGCUAUGGCUCAAGCAGUGGGUACAGCCAGCAGGCGAGUUUGGGGCCAACCUGUGAUGAGUUUGGCCAACAGCCCAGUGGCCCCACUUCCUUUACCAACCAGAUCUAACAAAGUAGCAUUUGCAUUCUUUUGGAGAUCACUCUACCACCUUCCAUUUUAGUGGCAGAAUUUUUUUAAGAGUUUAAGUAAGUUAUUAAUGCAGAGAGAGCUGAAUGUAAAUCAGGGAUCUGUAGUCCUCAUUAAAGCAGAAAGGCCUGUGUCAUGAUUAAUGGUACUUAGAGAUGACAUGACAGGAGAAGAUAUAUUAUUCAUCAUAGAUGGCUAAUUAGAGAGAACCUUGUUAUCUACACAGAUACUUUCAUGGUCAUUUUGUAUGUGUGUUAAGAUACUAGAAGCAUUUUAUAGCUUAAAGUCUCUUGUAUGUAAUGUGCAAUAGUAAAUUAAGUAGCAAUGAGUUUUCCUAUGCACUUUGAUGUCAAAGAAGUUUUAAUGAUUUCUGUAAGACAAUUUGAUCUAUCACAAUGUGCAUGUAUUAUUUUUUGAGUUUUAGGCCCUAUAGGACCAUGGGUCUCUAAGUAUUUGCUGCAGAUAAUUACUCUGUGUUUUGUUAUUGUUUUAAUCAGAUGAAUAAAUGCUCGUAUGAUUUAGUGCAUGAAUAAGCAUUUUUCUCACAAAAUGAACAUUUGAACUGUACUUAUGAAAAUUUUCCAGUUUGCACCAUAAAUUUAUAAAAUGGACAUUUAGAAAAUGUAUUAAAUACUUUGUAUACUUUGCAAAUCUGUCUUUCUGGUUUUACUGAAGUCUGAACAUGUUGUAACAAGUUUUAUCCCUAUUAAUAGAUAUUCAGUACUAUAUAUGGUAACUUCCCAAUAUUUAUUCUAUUUACUUAAUGAAAUAUUUACAUUCUUGUAACUUUCUAUGGUGUUUGUGAUGCUUAUCCUAUGGGCCAUCAAUAAUAAGACCCAAUAACUGUAUUGUGUUUAUGCAGUGUUGUUUUCUUAGAAUAAUGGAAGAUACAGGUAUCAGAUCCCAUAUUUAAGAAGCUGUCCUACUGAAGAACUAAUUAUAAAGGAUGUAUAAAUCCUGUACUACCAACUAAACUUCUAAAUUUUAAAUCCUAUUUAUUUGUAUAAAUAAAUGUUAAUACAGUCCUCUAGCCAAUUAUUUAAAAUUCUCAAGUCACAAUUCCAUGGACUAAUUAUUAAUUCUGAUUUGAGUGUUACCCAUAAAUUAAAAAUGGCUUCCAUGUGCCACCCUAUGAGGUGUCUCUUGAAAUAUUCCCCCAGAAUGUAUUUGUUAUCAAGUAAAUGGCAGUUUUCACAUCUCUGUUUUAACUCAGUUGAAACAGCAGGGCCCAGCAGUAAGGGCAAGCUGAGCACCUGUAUUUCCAGAUAAAAGUCAUUAUCGAUGUAUAAACAAAUUGUGUGGUCUGUGUUGUUGGAAGCAUUUUAGCAUAAAAGCAGCCUUGCGUCUUAGAUGAUAUAUCUGUAACCAGUUUCUGGAUCCCAUUGGAUAAAUCAGUAUUGUGAUAUCUAUGUAUUUGACCUUAAUAAAGUUAUUGCAUACAA